CCCCACCACCACCACCCCCACCUCCACCACCACCACCCCCUGCACCACGAUAAUUUCCCGUUCCCCUAGCAACAAAUCCCUAAAAUCAACGUCUCCAAUCGAUGAAACGACAUCUUCCGAAGGAUCCUAUUCCCUGGAUAAAUUUAAAUUAAAUCAGAUUCCCCUCCCGGUUGCCAUGGAAACUUCGGGGGAUUUGGUUGCCAUGGAGAUUAUUAAACCUCCGGAGGGGUUUGGGGAUGAAAAGGAGUUGUUGUACAAGAAGAAAAAGAAAAAGUCGAUCAGGGCGAAAUCGGAGGAGCGCUAUGGUUACAAAAUGGACGCGAGUACGCAGAGUUCCAUUAGUUUACAUGCGAGUUUGCAUGAUUUGAGCGGGUAUGAGGAUGACGACACGGGGAUUUAUCUCGAGGGGUAUAAUCAGGGGGUGUGGGUCUAUAUUUCUCAGGAGGAGGAAGUGAACUGCUGGAACCGACACGAGCCCCUUGGGCGCAUGGAUUCCGGGGACUCCACUGAAGGCGAGCGAGAAUUCGCUAAAAAAUUCAUCGCGCUCACCCAUCGAAUGGUUCACCGGAGGGCGAGCGGGGAGUGCUACAGGAGACUGGGGGGGUGUCAGCUGGAAAUAAACAAACGCAUCUCCCUGCACCGCACCCCCACAACCGAAUACGGCUUCCGUAUCCACGGCUCCCGGCCCGUCGUCGUUUCCGCCGUGGAGCUCGCCUCCCCCGCGGAACUCGCGGGACUCGAAGUUGGUGACGUCAUCAUGUCGAUAAAUGGUCUCCAAGUCCUGGACAGUUCCCACAGCGACGUCGUUCGAAUCGCGAGCGGGGCGGAGUCGCUGGAAUUGGAAUUAGCGCGGACGAAAAAUGUUGUCAUGGAAACAGAGGAUUUAGAGGAGCAGCAUCAGGAUGAUGAGCUUAAUCAACAAAUUGUGCUCAGGGGGGAGUUGGGGAAAUUCAAUGGGAUGGAUCUGAACUCGGAUGAAGGGAGGGGAGCCAGGGGGGUGUGGGUCGAGAGACACUUCACCCUAACCCGCACGACCCUCUCCUACUCAAAAACCCCCACGUCCCCCCCACUAAAAAUAAUAUCACUAUGGAAACCGAGCCCCCUCUCCCUCACCCUCAACGCCAAUUCGAUCCUCACUUUAUCCCGUGGCCACACCCCUUUGCUCCUCCUCACGGCCUCCUCCCCCGUCACCUUGGAAACCUGGAUGGAAACCAUGGCAACGCUGAUUUCCAACUGUGAGGACAAGUGGGUGGAGAAUUCGGGGAGAUUGGUUUCCUUGGUGGGGGCGGAGAAAAUCGGGAAUCCGGACUGCUCCGGGUGGGUGUGGAAACUCGGGAGGAGGGUCAAAUCCUGGGGGAGGAGGUUCUGUGUGCUGAAGGAUGCCGUGGUUUACUUUUUUAACUCGCAGCAGGGGGAGGCUGCCUUCGGAGCAUCGCAUCUUCAUGGAUACAGGGUGCAGACUGUGUCGAUUCUGGGUGGAAAACGCCACGCUUUCGAACUCUUGCCACCGGAAAUGACCAUGCGGCAUUAUUAUCUCGCUGUUGACACGGAGAAUGAGAGGAAGAGAUGGCUCGCCGCUCUGGAAUACUCCAUAGACCGCUGGAUAAACCUAGCCUCGAAUAAUAUACAAAAAUUUUGAUGUUGUCAUGGAAAUUAUUAUGGAAAUAAAAUUUUUUACACGUAAAUAUAA